AUGACGAGGACACCGUGUGACACUCGGCCUCAGGCUGCCCGUGGGGUGAGUGUCCUAUAUCAGAAUACGAGAUUGGAUCAGUCAGUACAAUCUCUCAAUAUGGAGACAAUGAAUGAAUUGAUCCCCUUUGCCAAAGAAAUACUCAGCCAGAAACCCAACAAGAAGAUGGUGAAAAUGUACGUGUUGGGCAGCGUGCUGGCCUUUUUUGGAGUGAUGAUUGGAUUGGUGGAGACAGUAUGCAGCCCGUUCACAAGAAGCGAGGACACUGACUUUGAAGAAAUCAGGCACUCCGCUCCACUUUCAGCUCCAUCACAUCGGCAAAAAAAAGAAGAGAUGCUAAUUGAGAAGACCAACCCUCAGGCAGUCAGGGGGAGAAGUGUGGCUCAUAGGGGCCAUGCAUCAUAA